AAAACAACUUAGCCUAGAUUAUAUGUUUUCUUUUUAGACUUCGUUCAAAGUCUAAAUAGAUUCUAUUAAUUUCCUUUUAUUAGCCUACUUUCAUCUCUCAUGUAAUCACUUGAUUCGUUGUUGUAAAAGUGGCAACACGACAGGCAUGAGAAUCUUCUUUCCACAUUACAGUACGCUGUAGUGUAGUAGUAGGGCCAACCAUUUGAGCCAUUUCAGAUCAGACCAGGUAUAAUAAGUCAGACUUAUUGUGAGUGUGCCCUUAGCUUAUAGUAGACUCAGGAUGAUCUUAAUUAUUUUAAGUAGAUCUAAUUAUCUGUCAGUGUUGCUGUAGUAGUGUAGUGUAACUAGGCGAAUCACGCGCUGAGCGAAAAAAUAACAAUUAUUGAAAGAUAGAAGAACAGGAGCCUAUAAAAAGCUACAUUAUAUCCUCAGUCUCCGUCAAAAAUACAAUAGCAACUUUUAGUGAAUCACUGACAAUCAUGGGUGUGGAUUCUGAUUUCAUGGACAAUCUCGUGAAGUUUAAUUCAUCUGCAAGUGGGCGUGAUAAACUUUUCAGGCUAGUUCAGUACUGCACCAAGUUCAGCUGGUGGUAUCUAGAGAAGGCUGGAGUGCAUGCCGAAGCGAUUGCUCGUCUGCAGAAGCUAAGCAGUUCUCUAAGCACAACAAGAAAAUUUCUUCGACUCGGCAAGAGUGUGGACUUUAUGCAUGGGGCUCUUCGCAGCAUCCACCUGACUGACUCUGUGUUACGCUACACAAUAACUUUGUCAAAGCUGAAUCAGGCUGUUUAUUUGUUGUUUGACCAUAUAAUAUGGGCAGGUCGUGUUGGGCUGGCUAUGAUAGACAAAGACAAGUGGAGCAAACUGUCGGCUCAGUUCUGGAUUGUGACUCUGAUACUGAACCUCGUCCGAGAUAUUUAUGAAAUUUGCAUUGUGUUAUCAAGUGAACUGAAGGCUCGCACAGAAAGAUCUUCAAGAAGUUUGUAUAAAAAUGGUUUAUCUGAUCAUAAGACUGCUAGUAAACCCAUUCUUACAAAUUCACAGCUGGUCAAGAAAUGUGUGGAAGAGAAUAAGCCACUUUUCCUGGAUCUUGUGAAAAACUUGAGUGACCUUGUCCUGCCUUUAGAAGCCCUUGGACAUGUCAAAGCAUCUCCAGGAGUGCAGGGUCUUGUGGGAACAAUUUCUUCAGUUAUUGGUGUCUGGCAAUCAUGGAACCCCUUGCUCCGUUUGGUGCCUUCGUAGAAUUCAGAAAAUUGAUUCCGACUAAAAUAUGUGCAAAGAAGUCAAGUUCGACAUGGAGCGAAGUACAGCUGAACUGAAAUAAAAAGUGAAUCCAAAUUUUGUGAUAUAAAAAUUUCAGUGUCUGGUUUUGUUGAUCCAUUAAGAAUGUCAAAUUUGUACUGCCCGUCUAAUAAUUUUAAAAUUGAAAA